CUUCUUUCUGGAUAUUCGUAGAGAACAGUUGAGUUUUCCUUUGUUCGUCCGAAAGCGUUUCCUGAAAAGAAAAGAAAAUUAAAUUAAAAGUAUUAUAUAUAUUUAAAUAUAAAAGUGGCGACGAGGUGAAAUAUUUUAACGCUCGUUUGAUGUGAAUAAGUUUUUUUAUGAGCGGAAAAAGUGGUGGAUAAGAGGAGUUUCCUGCAAAGUUACGGAGUACAUGCGAUCGGCGUCAUUGUACGGGUUAGGCAGCCAUCUUCAUAUUCAACGAGGUUGCAUCAGGAGGAGAUAAUACCGUUGUUUUAACCGCUGAAGAAGGUAAUUCCAGUAACCAUCGACCUUUCGGAAUCGGCACAGAAGAAAUUAACUUCUGUCGGCAGCAUCAAGGUAAUUAAAAAUACGGAGCACUAAGGGGCAAAUUCAGCCACGAGGACGGUUUUGCUGGGACAGCCAUUGCAAUUUUGUGUUUCACCUUGAAGCUUCGAGGUCAACGGUAUUGCGAAAAAAAAAAAGAGAUUACAGCAAGGAAGGCUACAGAAAUUUAAAGCAUUGGCACUGAGGAUUGCGGAAUUGAUAAUCUGGUUUGAGGGCCAGAGGAAUUGAUCCAGUUUGGAAGCUACAACUGGAAAAGUUCGGUUGGUAUAAAACAGCGUAAUUUCUGGGAUUUAUUAUCAGCUGGCAAAGGCCGGGACAGUGAUUUUGGGAAUCAUUCAUCCCCUUAUUUUUAUAACGAUCGUUCCGGUUAUUACAGCAAGCGGAUAUGGAUACGACUCUGCCUCAUCAUGCGAUACGAAUGCAUCAAGGAAAAGCCGGUCAGCACAUCUCCUUCAGACUAUUCCGUGUGAUUUGAGAAUUCAGGCAUACUGUAAUUUACCCGGAGCUGCAUAUCCUUGGCACGCUGUUCGACGUUUUGUUCAUGAGAAUCAAGGAUUGAUGCGGCGCAUGUACGGAGAUGUACGCCAUAUAUCCAUUUUGAAGUCCGAAAUGGAUAAGAAUGAAAUUGAUGCAGAUGACAUACAUCAUACUGUUGAACGAUAUUCUCGGAAAAAUAUAUUUAAGAAAAUGAAACAUGUACAUUCUUCUCACUAUGAAUUUGGACGGGAUAAGGGGAAUGAUGUGUUAACAGAACCACAUUUCAGGCCAUUACAAAAAAAUCAGAAAACCACAACGACUACAUCAUCAACUACUACUAUUUUGUCGUUUACAACUAGUAGCCCGAAUACCACUAUCACAAGUAAACUGCCAUUUCUCAGCUCUACACCUAAAGAAACUACAAUGGCUCCUAAUGACGACGUUACUACACGAAAUAUGAGUGAUAGUUUUGAUCAGUAUACAAACAAAGAGAAAAUCGAUAUAGAAAAACUUUCUACUAUUGCCAAUUUAGAAACAAACAACGGAGCUGUCCUAAACGGGGAUUUAUUACUCAACAAAAGUGAUACGCUAGUUAUUACCGAAAAUACGAAUCAGACGAAACCACACAUUCUAGAAACAAAUGCCACGAAUAAUAUAAAUACGAAUAAAGAUAUCGGCAUUGUGAAAUUGCCAAAUAGUUCAAAAAAUACAAGCAAUGACAAUGCAACAUCUGAAAGAGGCAAUGUAACAGCAACUAAAAUCGAAACCCUGAAUUCAGCAAAAGUCUCUUCGAAAAAUCCGGAAGGGCAACUUUUUCAAGAAGCUGCUCAAAAAGAGAUUCCAACAUCGAAUAUAAAAGGAGUAAACGCAUGUCCUGUGAAAGAAGAAGUUGUAGCCCCAUUCUGGGCAAACAAUACCAGAGGCGAAGUGCUAGCUUUGCUGAAUCUAUAUCCAUUUGAGCAAUAUGUACACUGGGAAAAGUGCGCUUUCGAACUGAAACAAAUGUACUGUCGGGAAGGAUGUCGCUGUGAGCAACAGUAUAGACUACAUCGAUUGUUGGCUUAUGAUCCGCACAAUGAAUGCAGAGGUAUUUUUUCGGACUGGUUUAGGUUCCCUUCGUGCUGUAUUUGUAAAUGCUAUGAUCUGCCGUUUGAUUAUCGAGUGACAUCCAGAAGCCCUAGAACGAUUGUGAAAAAUUCUAUCAAAUACAUUGAAGAUGAAAUACAAAAUGCAAUCUAUGAUCAUGCAACCGAUGAGUGGUAUCGACCAAAAGAUAUUGAUUAUGAUUAAUCAAAAACCUCAUUUUCAGAAUAUACUGGAAUACAUCAUAUGAAAUUUCAUUUUAUGCAUUUACUUAUUAUAAUGUACAUAUACUAUUAUGAAAUGAAUAAAUAUUUAUUUAAUGUUUGAAACUACC